CCCCAAUAAUUCUCAAAUUCCCAAACCAAACCUGAACCACUCUCUCUCUCUCUCUCUCUCUCUCUCUCUGCGUGUCUCUGUGAGUGAGUUCUCAACCUCUCCCAUGGAGUCGUCUCAGCAACUUACAGAGUAUGAGCUCAAGCGCCUCGAUAAUAUUCGCCGGAACGAUCAACUGAUGGCUUCCCUUAAAAUCCACUCCAAGGUUGCCGAGCUCUCCGCUGCUUCCAAGCGCCAAAGAGUUGGAAUCAAAUCAUACAAAGUGAGUCCAGAGAAGAAACCCAAAACCGAGACUCCAAUCGUUAUCCGACGGUCCUUGCGCACGCGUGGGAUGCCGCCAGAUUACUCUGACUCCAAAGGUCUUGGCGAUACUGUUGAAGCAGCCGAUAAGGUUUCCAAAUCUCCGACCUCGUCGAAGCCUUCGCCGCGCACCUUGGGCCCUCUUAGUGUGAGAGAUGCGUAUCGUGGAACCGGGUCUGAUAAAUUACUGAUUGAAAGAAUUAUGGAAGGUUCAAAGAAAGAACAUAAGAAAUUUGGUGAUAAAAAUGGUGGGGAUUUGAUGGAGGGUGUGCGUGAAAGUGGGAGUUGUUUGGAACUGGAAUCCUUGAGUCUGAAUCCGGAGAAUAUCGCGCGAGUCGUGCCGGGGAAGAUAUUAAAUGUACGGUUUUUUCCUUGUAGCGACAGAAGAAUCAUUGUGGUGGGGAAUAAGUUUGGGAAUGUUGGGUUUUGGGAUGUUGAUUCUGGUGUACAGGAAGAAGAUGGUGUUUAUUUGUAUCACCCGCAUCCAGGUCCAGUCUCGGGGAUUUCGAUGCACAAACAUAGUUUGCCAAAGAUCUUUACCAGUUGUUAUGAUGGAUUUAUCCGACUAAUGGAUGCUGGGAAGGAGGUAUUUGAUCUGGUAUAUUCUACUGAUGAUACCAUAUAUUCUCUAUCUCAAAGAUCAGACGAUGUGAAGUGUUUGUAUUUUAGUGAGGGUUCCGGAGGUUUGAAUAUUUGGGAUGAGAGGGUUGGGAUAUGCUCAGCCCAAUGGAAUUUGCAUGAAAGUAGGAUUAACACCAUAGAUUUUAACUCGGAAAAUUUUAACAUCAUGGCUACUAGUUCCUCAGAUGGAACUGCCCGUAUAUGGGAUUUGCGAUGUAUUGGUGCAGAUAAGCCCAAAUCUCUGAAGGAAGUAAGGCAUAAAAGGGCUGUGCAGUCUGCUUAUUUCUCACCCUCUGGAUGCUCCCUAGCGACAACAAGCAUGGACGAUACAGUUGGUAUACUGAGUGGAGCUAAUUUCGAUGAUAAUUCAAUGAUUAAACAUUAUAACCAGACGGGCAGAUGGAUUUCUUCUUUCAGAGCAAUAUGGGGAUGGGAUGAUUCAUAUGUCUUCAUCGGCAACAUGAAAAGAGGAGUUGAUGUUAUCUCCCCAGCUCAGAGAAGAACAAUAUUCACUUUACAAAGCCCACACAUGUCAGCAAUUCCAUGCAGGUUUGAUGCACACCCUUACAAUGUUGGUGUGCUUGCAGGAGCCACAAGUGGCGGUCAGGUUUAUAUGUUGACAAUGGGCUAACAUGACGAGUGUUAUUAGCUAGCUUAAACAUGACAAGAGUGUUGUAUCUUGAACUUCUGUUGUAAACCGACAAGAAGCUGUUUUGUUAGGCCUAGUGACUUCAAAUUUGUUAGGCAUAGUGACUUCAAAAUUUAAAAAAGGUUGCUUGUGGGGAUGUACUAUCAUGAGUAAUGGCAGCCUAUGAAACCAUAUCGACUUGUCUUAAUUAGGUUAUCUUCUGCUCCUGGAAUUUGUUCUUACUACAAUAGUGUUUGAUAAUUUCACCUCCAAUCAUAUCAAAUCUUGAAGUAGAUUGGUUUACUUUGUAGCUGUUUCUUCACAUCCAUGGUAAUCCAUCUCUACUUGCUG